GCGCCACUCGACAGGAUCCAGCAGAAGCUUUCCUUCAGAAACCCAAGAGAGAAAGAGAGAGAAGGAGAGAGAAAGAGAGGGUGUGUGUGUGUGGGUAGGGGGGGAAGCCGGGGGCGGACCGUCGAACCGAAUCUCCCCUUAACGCACUCCUGAGUGUGCCGAGGAGGAGGAGGCGGAGGAGAAGAAGAAGAAGAAGAAGAAGCGGGCUGAGGAGAACCGGCGGCGGACGCACGCGAAAGAGGCCGAGAGACACACCGAGCUGUUGACGCUCCCAGAGUCCCAACAUGGAGCACUAUGAUGACGGGGAGAUCGACUACAUGCAGCAGGAGGACGACUGGGACCGGGACAUGCUGCUGGACCCCGCCUGGGAGAAGCAGCAGCGAAAGACAUUCACAGCUUGGUGUAACUCUCACUUAAGGAAAGCAGGCACACAAAUCGAGAACAUCGAGGAGGACUUUCGGGAUGGGCUCAAACUGAUGCUCCUGUUGGAGGUCAUCUCUGGAGAACGUCUGGCCAAACCAGAGCGAGGCAAGAUGAGAGUCCACAAGAUCUCCAACGUCAACAAAGCGCUCGACUUCAUCGCCAGCAAAGGAGUCAAGCUGGUGUCCAUCGGUGCUGAGGAAAUUGUGGACGGUAAUGGCAAGAUGACUUUGGGGAUGAUCUGGACCAUCAUCCUCCGCUUCGCCAUCCAAGACAUUUCAGUGGAAGAGACGUCUGCAAAAGAGGGUCUCCUGCUGUGGUGCCAGAGGAAGACGGCGCCCUACAAGAACGUCAACAUUCAGAACUUUCACAUCAGCUGGAAAGAUGGUUUGGGUUUCUGCGCGCUCAUUCAUCGGCACCGCCCUGAGCUGAUUGACUAUGGAAAACUACGCAAGGACGACCCCAUGACCAACCUGAACACGGCCUUCGACGUGGCCGAGAAGUACCUGGACAUCCCCAAGAUGUUGGACGCAGAAGAUAUCAUUAGCACCUUGAGGCCAGACGAGAAGGUCGUCAUGACUUAUGUGUCGUGUUACUACCACGCCUUCUCAGGCAAGCAGAAGGCGGAGACGGCGGCUAACAGAAUCUGCAAGGUGCUGGCUGUCAAUCAGGAGAAUGAACAGCUGAUGGAGGACUACGAGAAGCUGGCCAGUGAUCUGCUGGAGUGGAUCCGCCGCACCAUCCCGUGGCUGGAGAACCGCAUGCCGGAGAACACCAUGCAAGCCAUGCAGCAGAAACUGGAGGACUUCCGUGACUACCGCCGCCUCCACAAGCCGCCCAAAGUGCAGGAGAAGUGCCAGCUGGAGAUCAAUUUCAACACGCUGCAGACCAAGCUGAGGCUCAGCAACAGGCCUGCCUUCAUGCCCUCUGAGGGACAGAUGGUGUCGGACAUCAACAAUGCUUGGGGCAAUCUGGAGGGAGCGGAGAAAGGGUACGAAGAGUGGCUCCUCAACGAGAUCCGCAGACUGGAGAGACUCGACCACCUGGCUGAGAAGUUCCGCCAGAAAGCCACCAUCCACGAGAGCUGGACCGAAGGCAAGGACGACAUGCUGCAGUGUAAAGACUUUGAGACAGCGUCGCUGUCGGAGAUCAAGGCCCUGCUGAAGAAGCACGAGGCCUUCGAGAGCGACCUGGCCGCCCACCAGGACCGCGUGGAACAGAUUGCCGCCAUCGCGCAGGAGCUGAAUGAGCUGGAUUACUACGACUCAGCGAGUGUAAACGCUCGCUGCCAGAGGAUUUGUGACCAGUGGGAUUCUCUGGGGACGCUGACCAAGAAACGCAGUGACUCUCUGCAGAGAACAGAGAAGCUGCUGGAGACCAUCGACCAGUUGUACCUGGAGUUCGCCAAAAGAGCAGCGCCAUUCAACAACUGGAUGGAGGGCGCCAUGGAGGACCUGCAGGACUCCUUCAUAGUCCACACCAUUGAAGAGAUCCAGGGACUAAGUACGGCCCACGAGCAGUUCAAGGCCACGCUGCCCGAUGCGGACAAAGAGCGCCAGGCCAUCCUGGGCAUCCACAACGAGAUCGCUAAGAUUGUGCAGACCUACCACGUCAACAUGGCCGGAACCAACCCCUACACCACCAUCAAUCCCCCGGAGAUCAACGCCAAAUGGGACAAGGUCCGCCAGCUAGUUCCGCAGCGAGACCAGGCCCUCAUAGAGGAACACGCCCGGCAGCAGAACAACGAGCGUUUGCGCCGGCAGUUCGCCAAUCAGGCUAAUGUCAUUGGGCCUUGGAUCCAGACCAAGAUGGAGGAAAUCGGCUACAUCUCCAUGGAGUUGCACGGCACCUUGGAGGACCAGCUGACGCACCUGCGGCAGUACGAGAAGAGCAUCGUCAACUACAAGCCAAAGAUCGACCAGCUGGAGGGAGACCACAAGCUCAUACAGGCGGCGCUCAUCUUCGACAACAAGCACACCAACUACACCAUGGAGCACAUCCGAGUGGGCUGGGAGCAGCUGCUCACCACCAUCGCCCGCACCAUCAACGAGAUCGAGAACCAAAUCUUGACGCGAGACGCCAAAGGCAUCACCCAGGAGCAGCUCAACGAGUUCCGGGCCUCCUUCAACCACUUUGACAGGGACCACUCGGGCUCACUGGGUGCAGAAGAGUUCAAGGCCUGCCUGAUCAGCCUGGGCUUCGAUAUCGCCAACGAUGCACAGAAGAGAACAGGAGUGAUGGACCCCGACGACUUCAAGUCCUGCCUUAUCUCCAUCGGUUACAACCUGGGUGAGAGCGAGUUUGCCCGCAUCAUGAGCGUGGUGGACCCCAACCGCAUGGGCAUCGUCACCUUCCAGGCCUUCAUCGACUUCAUGUCCCGCGAGACUGCCGACACGGACACGGCCGACCAGGUCAUGGCCUCCUUCAAAGUCCUGGCGGGUGACAAGAACUACAUUUUAGCUGACGAGCUGCGGCGAGAGCUGCCCCCCGACCAGGCGGAUUACUGCAUCGCCCGCAUGGCCCCUUACACGGGCCCCGAUGGCGUGCCGGGCGCCCUGGACUACAUGUCUUUUUCCACCGCUCUGUAUGGCGAGAGCGACCUUUGAACUCUCUGCUCCGACCACCGCUGUGUGCUCUUGACUCAUGUCGCUGCGCCCCCCACCCCCACUACGCUAAUUUUGUUUUCUACUCUCUGGCCUUAUUCUUUUUUUUUGGUCCUCUGGCUCCUCCCACAAGCUGUGUCCCUUCUAUGUGCUUCCCCACGCCAAGCUGCAGCUCUCUGGGUCUUUUUUCACGCAGGGAGAAACAAACAUGUUUGUUUUUAUGUUCUCGUUAUCCUUGUUUGUCUUCAUAAAUGAAUAAAGUCAACAUAUUUUAUUAUACUGAACAAAAAAAGGUAUUUUUCUUCACCUGAUUGAAAGUAAAGAGACAAACAUUGUAAUAAAGACAAAUUGCUACCAUACGCUU